AUGACAUCAGUACUGGAAGAAAAUAACAUGGGAAAAUACGAGCAACGAGCGAAGCAGACAAAUGUGGAGCCUUCGCGACCUCAGAAGAGAAGAGCGCGUUCCGAAGAACUCAUCGACAAGCAACGCAUUCUACGAGGGAAAAAGACUAAAGAAAAAGAUACAAGACAGUCAACAGAAAAGACUUGUCCUAUGUGUCAAGGUGGACACUUCCUCGUCGACUGCCAGAAGUUCCAGAAGACGUCAGUACAAGAUCGAUGGGCAACAGUAAAGAAAAGUCACGUUUGCUUCAAAUGUCUUCAAGGGAAACAUCGAAAGGAGAGCUGCAAGAAACCACCAUGUAAGGAAUGCAAGAGGUGGCAUCAUCAUUUGCUGCACGUCGAAUCAGAAGACAGGACCUCGGGAGAGAAGAAGGCGGAAACACAAGAAGAAGUAGCAAGCGUCAUGACAUCAGUGAACGCAGUCAACAACGGCUAUCAAGGGCGUACCUGA